AUGGCAUCUAUACCACGACCGGGGGGCGUUCCUCACACGCUUUGCAAGUUUCCGUUUUACUAUAACGGUCGGCGCUAUACGGAAUGCACGCAUGACGGCUUCGUGAACAAACCAAAAUGGUGUUCAACUACGAUGGAUUUCAAUCGGGACCUAAAGUGGGGCUGGUGCGAGACGGAGGAGGCACAGAAAAAGUGCCGUGAUGUAAUAAUAGACUGCAGAAAAUUGGGCUUCAUCUGGAAGCUGCAAGUCUACGAGUAUAACUGCCCCCGUAGCUGCGGAUUCUGCACGUAUGGAGGAACGGCAAAAGGCGCGCCGUGCAAGUUCCCAUUCAUCUACAAAAGGAAGAUGUACACAGGCUGCAUGAGGUCGAAAUGGAAGGCCUACAAGGGGACGCACUGGUGUGGGACAACGGAUAAUGUGGACAGGGAUAACCAGUGGGGGCUCUGCUACAGUCGGUGAUGGGGUCAGGCUAUACCUUGUCGGCUAAUAAAUACACGAAAAUCUUAUAAACAAUUUUAAAAUACACAUAAAUAAACAGAUGCAUUUUGGUA